CUUCGUAGUUUAUGUCUGUUCGAAGCCUAAUUCGAGAGUAUUUCUUUUAUUUAUUUUAGGUCUUAUAUAUUGGGAAUCUGUUGCAAAAAAUAAAUUAGUUGUCACCCAAUACUAAAAAAACACAACUAAUACAUAAACAGACUGUAUUUCAAAUGCUUUACAUUCUUGACAAUUCCACAACUUCUCUCAUCAUGUGACAUCAAUCCGGCACGAUUCUGCAGCAAAGGAGACUCUGAAUGUGAAGAACAGAAGACGCAAGGUGAACAGAAAUACAACAGUGGACUCAACUUUAAUUCAAACAAAUUUGACAAAACAGAUAAAAACAUCAUGUCAAGAACAAUCGAGAACAUUGUUGAAAGCCGCGAGCAAGAUGAAGGUAUGGGGGCUCGUGUACGUCGGAGUAUCGGCUCAUCUCAAUUGAAAAAUCUUGACCCUUUCCUCAUGUUAGAUGAGUUUAAGGUGAAAAAGCCGGCUGGAUUCCCUGACCAUCCACACAGAGGGUUUGAGACGGUCACUUACAUGCUCGGUGGAUCGUUUAGGCACGAAGAUUUCUGUGGACACAAAGGAAUCAUCAACCCCGGUGACCUGCAAUGGAUGACAGCUGGCCGGGGAAUCCUGCACUGUGAAAUGCCGGAGGGGGAGGGGCUAGCCCAUGGGCUCCAACUGUGGGUGAACCUCAGUCGCCAAAACAAGAUGACAAAGCCCGACUACCAGGAGCUGCUUGAUAAGGACAUUCCGAGGACAACAAAAGAUGGGGUCACUGUCAAGGUCAUUGCAGGGGAAUCUCUGGGGAUCAAGUCUCCAGUGAAAACCCGGACCCCGACCAUGUAUCUGGACUUCAAGCUGGAAAAGGGGGCCACCCUUGUACAAAAUGUGCAUGAGGGCUGGACGGGAUUUGUGUACAUCCUAUCAGGGUCAGCCAUGUUCGGUCCAGAUGGACAGGCCAAGAAAGGACCAGCCCACCACACACUGGUGAUGGGACCAGGGAACUCCAUACAAGUCAAAAAUGAUGGAGGUGCAGUGUGCCAUUUUGUGAUGAUAGCAGGGCAGCCACUAGGUGAACCAAUUGUACAGUAUGGCCCGUUUGUAAUGAAUGAACAACAGGAAAUACAGCAAGCCAUAAACGACUAUCGGUCAGCCAGAAACGGCUUUGAAAAUGCUGAUAAAUGGCAGUCUGGAGCUAGCAGGGGAUAGACAUUUUACCUGUGAAAACUUUUUUGAAAGUGUCUAUUGCAUAAUACAUUAAAAAAAAUAACCUUUUAUUACUUUCUAUACUUUUCAUGAAAAAGUUAAAAAAAAAUUAUGUUUUACUUAAGAUAUUUAAAAAGUAUGUUAUGUUCAAGAUCUUAUAUUUAUUUUACUGUUUUAAUUAAUGUUUUGUAGGUUUAUUGUGGAUGUUGAAUUAAAAAACUAAUUAAAAACAUUUAUGAAAUGAAAAGGUAUAAGAAUAAUCUAUUAAUUGCUGAUUGGCCUAGGCUAAGAAACUGCUGUUUAUAAGAUUUAAAGAUAUCCCAUAUAUUUAUACUUACUUCAUUUAUUUUUACUAUACUAGAUAGCAGUUAAAUGAACAAUCAUUUGUGUCAAUUGUUUCUGUUUUGAUUUACCAAGAUGAAGGCGUCCUACACCAAGCCAUUCCUCUGUUGCACUUUUAAUCUCUUGUGAUAACUAACAAUAAUUUUAUAUUUUACUAUGCAUUUCGUUAAUCCAUAUAUUUCAGUAACAUAUCAUGCACAUUGUUUAGAAAUAUUUAGUCUACAGCCAGCUCAUAGACAGUAGAAAUAAGUACAACUACUGGUAUUUAAAUAAGAACACACAUUGGAAGUCCUUAUAUGUGUCAGGUCCUUGGGCGAUGAACACGGAGGAAGAGAUACAGGAAGCAGAGCGUGACUACACGUAUCAGCGGAACGGCUUCGAGGGCGCGCACGCCUGGAACUCUUGGGUCGCAUAUGAGUGACUGCUGGAAAAACAUUGUAAAAAAAUGGUUCCAAGAAUAGAGUGUAUUUCAUCUGUAACAGACUUUAACUUACCGUAUUGAGAUUUUAAUUAUAAUAAAUAGUAUAAAAAUGUGUGCCAUUGUUUGAUGUAUUGUCAAAUUGUGAUUUAGUUCACUUAAUUAAGGAUGAUUGUAUGAAGAAAUUACAUUUGAUGGAACGGAUUUACUAGUGUGAUGUUUUGUUUAUUUUGUUUGCUCAGGAUAUUUAGGGAAAACUCAUUUACAACACAUACUGUAAAGAUAUCAUACUUUGUUAAAAUGUCUGUAUCGGGUAUAUUGUUAAAAUUUGGUGUUUUAACUUCUGAGUUUGUCAAUACAUUUAAUUUAUUUUUAGCUGGUCUUUUUUUUUAAAGAAAAGAAGUUUUGUGAUAGCCUUGGUGCCAUCAUUAUGCAAAGACCUUUGCCAUGUAUGAAAAAAAUGGUACACAUGUUGCCAGGGUCAAUACACACAUGAAGCAAGUCAAUUAACUCUUGCAAUAAUAAAUUUUGAGUUAUUCCCCUUUCAAUUGAAACAAAGACAGAUGAGCCUUGACAUCCUCUUUUGGUGCUUUUGUUUGUUCUAACUGUUGGUCGAUUAUUUAGAUUCUACUGUUAAAAUGGAGGAUAUAAUUUCAAUCUUCAGCAGAAGAAUACACUUACUCAUAGCAGCGUCACCAUGAAUCUACAGCUAACUUGAUUUCAGUAUUUAUUGUGAAACUAUGAAUUUGUUGCAUGACAGACAAAAGUGUUAUUUCAAUAAAAAAUUGCUGACAC